UUAUCUCUUACAACUUAUAAGUUUAAAGGUCAAGAAGUAUAUGACUAUGAUGACGAAAUCUCGGAUGUUAAGACUAUGAAUUUUUCAAAUGAAGAGCAAAACAGUGGAAUUAAAGACAUAAAAUACGAUGGUAUGCCGGAAGAGACUAAUAACAGCGAUGGGGAAAAUAAUGAAGCAAAACGAAAGUCUCAAGAAGAAAUAGAAGUAAUGCUGUACGACUUAUUUGAUAAAAUCCAAGAG